AUGUUUUUAGUAGGUCUAACGGGCGGCAUCGCCAGUGGCAAAAGUACCGUCACAAAAAUAUUUCAGAACGAAUUGCGCUGCAAAUGCAUUGAUGCAGAUAUAAUUGCUCGACAGGUUGUUGAACCAGGCCAGAAUGCCUAUAGGAAAAUCAGAGAGACAUUUGGUGACAGUGUUUUUCUCCAAGAUGGGCAGCUAAACAGAGAAAUGCUUGGGCAGAUAAUUUUUCAUGAUGAAGGCAAGCGAAAACUGCUCAAUGGGAUUGUUCACCCUGCUGUACAAAAGGAGAUGCUGUGGCAGAUAUUAAUGUGUUUUAUACAAGGUUACCAGUUUGUUAUUUUAGACAUCCCACUGCUGUUUGAAACAAAGAAGCUGCUUCCAUAUGUAUCCUACACAGUUGUUGUGUACUGCCAGGAACACCAACAGUUAAAUCGCCUCAUGGAGAGAAACAGCUUGUCAGCAGACGAUGCCCAAGCCAGAAUAAGAUCCCAACUUCCACUCACUGAGAAGUGCAAACUGGCCACUUAUGUCAUUGACAACUGUGGGAGUAUAGAGGACACAAGAAACCAGGUGAAAGACAUCUGUCUGAAACUGGAGGCUUCUAAGAAGCAUCUCAUUCUUCGGGUUGGUUUACUGACAUUAUUUGCACUAGUUGUUUGUGGAUUCAGUUUCUUACUGUGA